AAGAUCUGAUGAAAUUAAGAUUUUAAAUAAUUUUUUGCUUUUCCAUAUAAAUUAAUUAUUAAAAUUUUUAAGUAAAUUUAAGAAAAAGAAAUUGAACUGUUCUGCAGGUUGAGAAUUAUUUUUCAGUAUAAUCUCCUCAUAAAUUGCAAAUUAUAUUAAAAAAAGAUGAAUAACGAAAAUAAUAUUGGCAAUAAUAACAACGAUAAAAAACAAUUUAAAAAUGUUUCUCAUGUAAUUUUUGAUCUUGAUGGAUUACUUAUCGAUUCUGAAACAAUUUAUGAGCAAAUUGUUGCAGAUAUUGGAAAAAAAUAUGGUAAAUCAUAUCCGGAUCAUACAAGAAUGCGUUUAUUGGGUACAACAGAAAAACGUUCUGCUGAAAUUGUUAUCGAAGAUUUACAAUUACCGAUAUCUGUAGAAGAAUAUUUACAACAAUAUAAACAAUUAUCUAAUGAAAGAUUAAAUAGUAUAAAAUUAAUGAAAGGUGCUGAAAAAUUAAUAAGACAUUUAAAUGCAAAUAAAGUGCAAUUUUGUUUAGCAACUAGUUCAUCACAAGUAAUGGUAGAAAAGAAAACUUCAGCUGUACCAGAUUUAAUGAAAAUGUUUCAUCAUAUUGUUUGUGGAUCAACAGAUCCAGAAGUAAAAGAAGGUAAACCUGCUCCAGAUAUUUUUUUAAUAGCAGCAUCUCGAUUCGAUGAUAAACCUAAUCCAGAAAAAUGUCUUGUAUUCGAGGAUUCACCAAAUGGUAUUAAAGCUGGUGUAACGGCUGGUAUGCAAACAAUAAUGGUACCAGAUCCGCGUGUAACACCCGAACAAAAAAAUUUAGCAACUCAAAUAUUAAAUUCAUUAGAAGAUUUUAAACCCGAACAAUUUGGUUUACCAAAAUUUGAAGAAUAAAAAAUUAAGUACCUACAUAUCUACAUUUAACUGGAACCAAUAAUAAAACCGCGUUGAUAAAAAAAUUUUAAAAAUUAAUAUCUAAGCUUCUUAUAUUUCAUAAGUCCAU